GACUCCGAGAGGUAGAGGCAGUAGCGGAGCAGAAGCAGAGGCAGAGCCGCUCCCAUUGUGGGUGGCCAUGGCCGCCGGAUUCCCUCUCGCGGCGUGCAUCCUCGCCUUCCACCUCUCCCUUCUCCUCUCGCCGUCCUCCGCACUCCCCCGGCUCUCCGAAACGGAGAGCUCCGUAGUCCGCCAUGGCGUGGGCAUCAGGCCCGCCUACCACUUCCUGCCCGCCAAGAACUGGCAGAACGAUCCGAAUGGGCCAAUGUACCACAACGGCGUGUAGCACCUCUUCUACCAGUACAACCCGCUGGGCGCGACAUGGGGCGCUGGCAGCCUCUCAUGGGGUCACUCCAUAUCCCGCGACCUUGUGAACUGGGCUGCCCUCGAUACAACACUCGACCCCACCGCCCCCUUUGACAAUAAAGGCUGCUGGUCCGGCUCUGCCACAAUCCUUCCCGGCAGCAUCCCGGCCUUGAUGUACACCGGCCGCAUCGACGCGGGCAAGGAGGUGCAGGUGCAGAACAUUGCCUUCCCCAAGAACCCUGCCGACCCGUUCCUCCGCGAGUGGGUCAAGCCCGCCUAUAACCCGGUCAUACGGCUCCCGAUCGACGUCCCUGGAGACAAAUUUCGUGACCCAACCACGGCAUGGGUCCUGCAGCGCGGCGCGCCGCCGCCCACAGCCACCUCAGCUACGGCACCGCCCCACCACCCAGCUUCCUCGCCCCGCACCGCAUCGGCCUCCCCGGUCUCGCCGCGGUUCCCCCCCGGAUUCCCCUCGCCGCUGCUCUCGCUCCCGGAUCUGGUCGCUGGGCUGUUCCCACAGCUGGUGGGGAUCCGGCCAGAUCCGCGGCCCGUGCCGGCCGUUGCGGACGCCUCUGGGCUGGUCAGGCAGGUGAGCUUCGCAGUUAAUGCUGCCGUGCUGGAGGGCACGCCGCCCCCUCCCAUUCAAGGCGCCCCGCGGCCUUGCCUCAAGUCAUGCUCAUUCAUGGAGCCUGGUCAGAGUUUGUUGCGCGUGCGCAUCUCCCCCUCGAGCCCUGCGCGCCCUGCCGCCGCUUCAUGGCGAUCUGAUGGCUCAAGCGGCAACCCGGAGGAUGAAUGGCGCCUCGUUCGUCCCGCGUAUUGGUGGCGGGCUGAGCGCUCCACCCACCAGCCAUCAAGACGCCCCUCUGGGUCUUCUUAUUCCCCUCCGCAGCGGCAGCAGCAGUUCGUCAAGCUUCGGGACAGAGAGUGCCACCGCUGCCUGCUUAAGGGCCACUGUCAAUCCGGCUGCCGUAAUCCGCUGACCUGCCGACGCUGCCGGCGGGUUGGGCACAAGGCCAGGGGCUGCUCCGACCCUCCCUUCCCCUUCGUGUCGUCGUCGCAAGAGGUCUUGGCGGUCGUGCCGCCCUGUGCGGCUGUGGUGUCGGCUCCUCUCCAGCAUCUACCGCCCCCACCCGUGCUGUCCCAGCCACCCUUGGCUGGCCCCAUGUCGCGCCAGGCCCCACGCCCUCUCCGCAUCGGCGACCCCUCGCUGCGCCCGGAGGAGGGCCAUGUGGUCAUCAUCGCCACGCCGGAGAUGGAGGCCAAUGCAGCGAGCCUUGAGUCCCUCGGUGCCUUCCUGUGGCUCGAUGGGAACCGGCCCACGGCCAAUGCUGCGGAGAUCAAGGAGGCCAUCAACAACCAGUUUGGCAUCGACCGCGUCACGAUGGUCCCUCACUACCCAGAAGACUUCUUCACGUUGUUCGAGUACCCGCACCACCGGGACAGGGUCACCGCGUCGCCGGGGCGGUUCCGGCACGCCGGCCUCGACAUCCACUCCUCCAACUGGCGGCGUGACGCCCACUUCGACAUCGUCCAAGCCAACUACCAUGUUCACCUUUGCAUUGAGAGCAUCCCGCUCAAUGCCUAGAGCGACUAUGUGGCUGCGCAAGUGCUGGGACCGGACAC